AUGAGACAUGGACAUCGACAAGAUGAAGAGGAUGACGUAUGGCACCUGACAGCAGCUCGGCCCUGGGAUCCUCCUUUAUCGGCAAAAGGCCGGCGGCAGGCUCGCGAGGCUGCUGCGCAAUUCAAGUCCAAAAACAUCGACUACGUUCUCACAUCGCCUUUCGUGCGAUGCUUGCAAACCUCAGCGGAAAUUGUGGACGAGCUUGGGUUGGAACAGGGCAGAUGGCUCGUCCUGUGGCCUAUGGCCGAGCUCUGUGAUCCCCGGCUGCUGCUGGCGGGGCGAGAUGACCUGCGGGCCACCCUGGGGAAGCGGCCGAUCCGGGAGUGGAUGUGGAACGGGCAGACAUUCGAGCAGGCUCUAACGGACCUGUUGGCUCCAGAGCUGGCACUGAGCGGCGUGCGCACCCGCCCCGAGGUGUGGAACGACACAACGCCGACGUACCCGGAGAAGAUCGAGCAGGCACUCAAGCGCUACGAGCGGCAAAUCAAGUUGGUUUCUAAGGAGUUUGCGGGGCGUAACGUGAUUAUUGUGACGCACGGCGAGGCACUCAGGGCGGCUGUCAACUUGUACGACACACGUGCCGCGGUGUACGAGGUGAAACACACGGGUCACGUGCCGCUACGCCGGGAGCGCGGCCCCGGUGGCAACUGGGAGCCGUGGAGCUUGUGCUGCACCUCCGGGCAGACGGGUGUGUACUGGUCGUACGCAACGUAG